GUUUAGUACAAUUGUCUAUAUAGACAAAAGUACGCGUAUCAUAAUAUUAAAAGCGCAGAAUUAAGAUAUAAAUCGAUAAAUCUAAAAUUCAAUCGAAGAAUACCGAAGAGAAAGAACUUUACCAAAGCUUCAACGAAAAUGAGGAAAGAUCAUGCGCGUAGAACAUAAUUGAAGAAGAAGAAAACAGAUUAAGCGAGUACCAUUGUAGAGAUAUACAUUUGUAAUGUUUCAGUUUUUGUGCUACCCUGUAUAUUCACUAGGAAAGUUAAUAGAAUAAGCUAUUGAUAAAAACAUCCAUGUUAUAUUGAGUGGUAAAAAUAUUGUUUGGAAUAAAUAAUAUAGCGGAAGGUUUUUAAAGAAAGGAAGAUCGUCUCUAUACAAUAUAUACCUAUAUACAAAUAUAUAUGUAUAUGCAUUAUAUAUAUAUAUAAAAGAGAGUUUACCUAUCGUAUAUCACCGUUUCCAAAUCCGUUCCGCGUUUGCGCCGCGUCAGACGAACGUCAAUAAUGUCAAUAGAGUCAUAAAAGAAGGAAAGUUGAUAAAAAUAUGUGAUGUUGUAAAUAUACCAUAGGAAAAUACAAAUCUUAAAACUCUCGUAAGGAGUAUAGAUAAUCGCGUCUAGUGGUAUUAGAUUAUGAAAAAGUCGACUAAAUAUUGGACGGGUGUGGGUAACAUUUCGACGGUGUGUUUGUCGGAGGUGAAGAGGGACCGAGGAGACCUCCGGGAUAAUCUUCCAACUAUUUACAUGAAGGAGCAGGAUAUACCCGAAUAUUUGGAGGGCUGUGGUCUGACAACUUGCACGGCGACAACCGGCGACAUGCCUGAGGCCGUGGAAGUAUUACGAGAUAACAGGGAGCACUUGAAGGAGAAAAAAUUAUCCAGUGCUUCCAUAGCGGGACCUGACACGAAAAAGACCGUGACUGUCAAACAUCCAGAGUCAAAUAAGCCUAAACCGACAACCAAAAAAGGAAAACCCAUUCAAGCUGACUUGGAUGUCUCCAAGGAGUUUGUAAGAUGCAAGGACGAGUGUGUAAAGCGUCUCGAUUUAAGCAAAUCGAGCAUAACGAAUCUUCCGAGCACAGUUAGAGAUUUGACCCACCUGGUAGAGUUUUAUCUUUACGGUAACAAAUUAGUAACUCUUCCACCAGAAAUAGGUUGCUUAGCCAAUCUCGAAACGUUGGCGUUGAGCGAAAAUUCGCUUACGAGUUUACCGAGUACCUUAGAAAAUUUGAAGUCAUUAAAAGUACUUGAUCUGAGGCACAAUAAAUUGAACGAGAUACCCGAUGUCGUUUACAAGCUAACGUCUCUCACUACAUUGUUUUUACGAUUCAAUCGCGUCAGGUAUGUCAACGAAAAUAUAAGAAAUUUAACAAAUUUAACAAUGCUCAGUCUAAGGGAAAAUAAAAUCAAGGAACUUCCAGCCGGUAUUGGCAAACUUACUAACUUAAUAACAUUUGAUGUAUCUCAUAAUCAUCUGGAACAUUUACCUGAAGAAAUAGGAAACUGUACUCAACUGUCUACGCUUGAUCUUCAGCAUAACGAACUCCUGGAUAUACCGGAUACCAUUGGAAAUCUGGUGUUAAUCACUAGAUUAGGUCUUCGAUACAAUCGUUUAUCUAGUAUUCCAAAAUCCUUAGCAAAUUGUAAAUUAAUGGAUGAAUUCAGCGUAGAAGGGAAUCAGGUCUCCCAACUGCCAGAUGGAUUACUCUCCAGUCUCUCUGAUUUGAAGACAAUUACAUUGUCCAGAAAUGCAUUUACUGCAUAUCCAUCAGGAGGACCAUCUCAAUUUACAAAUGUCUACUCUAUUAAUCUUGAACAUAAUCAGAUUGAUAAAAUACCUUAUGGUAUUUUCUCUAGAGCUAAAAAUCUAACUAAACUGAACAUGAAAGAAAAUCAAUUAACUGCUUUACCUCUGGAUACUGGAACAUGGAUCAAUAUGGUCGAAUUAAAUCUUGGUACGAAUCAGCUAACCAAAAUUCCAGAUGAUAUUCAAUGCCUUCAAAGUUUGGAGAUAUUAAUUUUAUCUAAUAAUUUAUUGAAACGUAUUCCUGCCAGUAUAGCAAAUUUACGUAAGCUCAGGGUCUUAGAUCUUGAAGAAAAUAAAAUAGAGUCUCUUCCAAAUGAAAUAGGAUUUUUACGAGACUUACAAAAAUUAAUCUUGCAGUCAAACCAAGUUACUUCAUUACCAAGAGCGAUUGGGCAUUUAACAAACCUUACACAUUUGAGCGUAGGAGAAAAUAAUCUUAAUUAUCUACCCGAAGAGAUUGGGACAUUAGAAAAUUUAGAUUCUCUUUAUGUUAAUGAUAAUGCAAAUUUACAUAAUUUACCUUUUGAACUAGCUUUAUGCACAAAUCUUAGUAUUAUGUCAAUUGAGAAUUGUCCUUUGUCACAUAUUCCUCCAGAAAUAGUUGCAGGAGGUCCAUCAUUGGUUAUUCAAUUUCUUAAGAUGCAAGGUCCUUAUCGAUCAAUGUAACAAAUCUAGCCUUCUGUAUAUCACAUAGAUGUCGAUUCUUAAUGCACGUGAUACAAAGUAUGAUAUUAUAAUGAUCUCACUUAAAUAACAACAUAUUAAUGUUACUGAUAUGCAUUGUAUAAAGUGAGCAAUAUUUUUAUUGUUGCAAAGUGAAUAAUACAUAUUUGUAAUGUUUUCAAUAUAAAGAGGAACAUACAUUUAAUAUGUAAUUGGUGCUGAAUUGGAAGUUUAUUUUGCAAAUAAAUGAUGAAGCUAUUUUAGAUACUAUGGUAGCAUGAAUCACACUUAUAUAACAUUGUUAGUACAAACAAAAAUAUGUAAAAAUGUUUAAUCAUGAUAGAAUCCUGCAUAUAUAAGCGCUUUUAAGAAUAUAUGAAUUUCAAUUGCGUUUAUUCUUGAAGUAUUUCUUUUAUAUUAUGUGAUCUUUUUUAAAAGAUAAUUUUAAAUAAUAAGUUAAUUAACAGCUCUUUCCUUUAUUUUUAUUUAUUUAUCUUUCAUACGUUUAAGAAAGUUGGAAACAUAAUAUGGUAACUUAUAAGGACAAAGUUUAUGCCUGAAAUUGCAUCAAAGAAAAAACGAUCAUAAUAUUAGUAUAUUUAAAAAAAUAAAUUUCUGGAUAUACAUAAAUUUGAUCUUCUCAAAUUGUUAGAGAUAAUUUACUUCCGUUUUGAUUUGUCUAUUAGAUAUGCAAUAUUUAUGAGGCUGAACAUUAAUAUAUUUGAUUAAGAUCUACAAAUCUGUAAUGUCAAAUGAAUGUUGAUUCUACUUUAUACUACAUGAUUAAUGAAAAUAUUAAGAAUCGACAUCAAUUAUGUCACACUGUAUUUCUUAUAUUCUAUUGUUAUUUUACCGAACACAAUUUUGCCAACUGUAUACAUGUAUUAUGAAUUCUUAGGGGUGUUUAAAUUUUGAUCACCAUAUAUACAUUAUAUAUUUACUUCUAAUCAUCUUGUUCUUUUUUCCAAAUACAAACAUAUUGUCAUUUUAUCAGGUAUAAAAUUAAACAUAAGAGAUUCAAAACAGAGGUAUUCUUCUGAUGACUA